AUGAAAAAGCCAUCUUCUAUUGAGGCUUCUAGCAUAUCGCCAACCUUAGAAGAAUCUCAUGAAGUUGUCACAAACACGAAGAAAACAAAAGAAAAAGUUGUGGAAGGCUCGCAAUUGAAGCCAUAUGUUGGUGUAAGGUUUGAUCACAAAGAUCAUGAUGGUUACGACAACAACAUAAAUACUAAUUGUUCAAAUCAUGAACUCAAUCUUUUUAGUUCUACUCCGGCUCAUGCUAGUGAGUCUUCCAACGAGGCAAAGCCCAAGGAGAGGCGUUCCUCGGAUGCUAAGACUUUCUCUUGUAACUUUUGCAAGAGAGAAUUCUCCACUUCCCAAGCCUUAGGGGGACACCAAAAUGCUCAUAAACAGGAGAGGGCAUUGGCUAAAAGGAGAAAUGGUCUUGUUGAUGUCGUUUCACCUUUUGUCCCUCACAAUUAUCAUCCCUACUACAAUCCCUAUUCAAAUUUCAACUCACGCAUACCAUUUCAUGGUUCUUUUGCUUCUCGAUCAUCAUCGCUUGGUGUUCAAGGAGAUUCUCAUGCAAUUCUUGAGCCUACUUCCUGUCAGAAAUGGCCAUUUUUUUCUAGCUACAAUUUUCCAUUUAACCCUGAGAAGUGGUCAUCAAGCUCAUCAUUUUUUAGGACAGAAAAUUACAACAUGGGUAAAAUUGGAACAGGAAGUGUUUCUUUGGAGAAUUCCUCUAAUUUUGAGAACAAAAAAAGUGGAAAGGGUUUGAAUUUAAUGAAUUCACCCAUCGAUGUUGAUAAUCUUGAUGGAAAUAAUUAUACGAAAAUGAAUUUAGGAGAGGAGGAAGAAGAAAAGAAUAAUGAAGAAGAAGAAGAGCUUGAUUUGAAUCUAAAGCUUUAG